UCUGACGAAGGAAUCUACACAUGCAAGGCCAGCAAUCAGUUUGGAGUUGCAAUGGCUGAAGCUAACUUGACAGUCUUCACACAGCCAACAAUCCUGACGGAAUGCAUGAGUCGUGUGACUGGGGUGGGUCGCAAAGUUACCUUCCACUGCGAGUUCACCGCUAAUCCACAACCAAAUUAUUACUGGAUUAUAAAUGAUUCACAUCCCAUCCUGUUUCCAGGAACUGCACAUGAGAAUGUGCGUGUAGGUAAUGAUGGUACCUUGGUCAUUGAUCCAGUUAGAAAAGAAGAUGCAGGUCAUUAUUCUUGCAGGGUGACCAAUGAAAUUGGUCAAAGUUUCAUGACAGCUGAACUUGUUGUAAAAGGUUGGAAUUUCUACAACAAUCCUCCACCGAUAAUCACAAGCCUUCCUUUCAAUCAAACUUUGCCUGUUGGUGAGGUGGCCCACAUCCAAUGCUCUGCCAGUGGGCAUCCAGUUCCUCUCAUCAGGUGGCUCAAAAAUGGCAGGAGUCUGUCGCCAUCAAGUGAAAACAGGAUGAAGUUCAUGUCUUCCGGAUCUCUAACCAUUUCAGAUUUAACAAAGAGUGACUCGGGUACUUACAUGUGUCAGGCAUGCAGUGAAUCUGGUGAAACCACAAGAAGUGCUUACUUAUCAGUUGAAUCUCAGACCAACCACAAGGUCGUUUUCCACACGCUGCCCAGUCAUCACCACGUUUUCCCGAACGUCCCCCUCACAGAACCAACCAUCGUUGAGGUGUACCACGACGGGGUGAAGUUGUCGUGGAGGUUUGAAGCUCUCCAGGGUGUCACCCCCGUCACGUCUUUCUCAGUGGAGUAUUUCAGUCAUGAAACUGGGGAGAGUUGGGUGGUUGCAAAUGACAACAUAACAAGCAAGACCUACACAGUAACUGGUUUGAAGCCAGAUAAGACGUACGUCUUCUUCUUCAGAGCUCGAAACUCGCAUGGAUUCAGUGGGCCCAGCCCCCUCACUGCACCUGUCAAAACUAAAUGUUUGUCCUCCUCUAGAUUUAAUAAGAAGAAGCAUAAAUCAUUUAGUAAGAGAUUUGUUAAAACCAGAAAACUUAAAACCCUUCAAAAACAAGCAGCAUCAAUUGCAGCAACAGAUGAUGAAAGCAACGAAUGGGUACAAUCGGACUCUGCAACUACCAGCAACAUCAUCAGCAACAGCAAAAACAGCAACAUACACGACAUUGAUGACAACAUACCUAGCAACACCAUCAACUCACACGUACUGACCAGCCUGCAGAAGUUCACCAUGUACGAUGUCAAUGUGCAACCUUACUAUGGCGAAGUGGCUGGUGUCGCCAGUCACAAUGUUAAAGCUAGAACAUUACAAGAUGUGCCUUCAGCCCCUCCUUCGAACGUUUUGGUCGAGCUGUCAGACAACAACACAGUGCAUAUAUCGUGGGAUCCUCCACCCAGGAAACAUCACAAUGGCAUUCUUCUCGGCUACAAGAUCUUCAUGUCGUGUAGCGAGUCGAAGUUCAAUCGUGAGAUAAAAGUAAACACAUCGAUGAAUGGCGUGUACAUACACAACAUCAUCAGGGGCAUGGAGUACGCCAUACAAUUAUGUGCAUUCACUGUGGUUGGCGAUGGAGCCAGAAGUGAUGUUCACACUGUAGGUUAG